GUCACAGUAGUCAGUCACCGGAAAUUUGGAACCGAUCGGCAGAACGCACGGCAAUGACCAAGACGAAGGGUCGGAGUAGCCCUACUCCUAGGAAAUCAAAGUUUUCUUCCUUGGAAUUCACAGCAGAAGAUGAACGAGUCGAUAAGGAUUCGAGGAUCACACUCUGCAAAUUUAAGAAAAGGAAAAGCCCACAAGAACAUUCCCCUAUCAACAAAUACACUUCCCUGAAGUCCUUGGUGGGCCUAUGGAUGCGGGAAUCAUCAAGUCCCAUACUGUUGCUUCAUCCGGUUCUUCUGGCUGUAAGCCUUCAGAGCACAAUCGCACCGAAUAUCAUGGUUCAGAGUUUUCAUCUCUUGCAACUACAACCAGUUCAGCAAGACUUUCAGGCAUUGUGACUGAUGAUAAACAUCUGUACUCACGUCCUCCUCUAAUCCCA